AUGGCAGUCAAGACUGAUAUGUCUAAAGCCUAUGAUAGGAUUGAAUGGAAAUUCAUCUCAGAUGUACUACAACAACUAGGAUUCCAUGCGGUAUGGAUCAACUGGGUCAUGCAGUGUGUAACUACAGUAUCCUAUUCCUACCUGAUUAAUGAUGCAGCAUAUGGAAAUGUCUUACCUCUCCGCGGAAUCAGGCAGGGUGAUCCGUUAUCCCCCUACGUCUUCAUUCUCUGCAGUGAAGUAUUGUCAGGGAUGUGCAGAGAGGCAGCCAGGAAAGGUACGCUUCAAGGAAUCAGAGUGGCUCGCAGAUGUCCAAGGAUAAAUCAUCUGCUCUUUGCAGAUGAUACGAUGUUCUUCUGCCUUGCAUCCCAAACUAGCUGCGAAGCUCUGUUGACGAUACUAGCUGACUACGGGAAAGCUUCUGGUCAGAUGAUUAACAAAUCAAAAUCUUCCAUCACGUUCUCGAACAAAACCCCACCUGCAGUCAAAGAAAAUGUCAAAUUAAUGCUGGGAAUUACAAAGGAGGGUGGCUUAGGCAAAAUACGACAGAGGGCUGUUAGCUGGUCCACAAAGAGACUCUCCAAGGCAGGGAAGCUUACAAUGCUGAAGUCUAUCCUCAGUGCAAUCCCCACGUACGCCAUGUCGUGUUUCCAACUCCCUGUGAACCUGUGCAAAAGAAUUCAAUCAGUACUGACUCGUUUCUGGUGGGAUGAUGCUGAAGGAAACAAGAAAAUGUGCUGGGUCGCAUGGGAUCAACUAACAAAACCUAAAGAUCUAGGGGGUUUGGGACUUCGAGACAUUCAACGCUUCAACCAAGCUCUACUAGCAAAGUUGGCUUGGAGAAUCCUCACAGUACCCGAAAGUCUAUUUGCACGCAUCCUGACAGGCAAUGGACAGACAACCCGCAUCUGGAGGGACUCUUGGAUCUCUUCGAAUGAAGUACUAAAGCCUAGGGGUCCUAUUAAAGAGUCAGACCUAGAACUAACGGUGGCAGAUCUCCUAACUUCAGAGCUUAAAUGGAACAAGAAGAGAAUAUAUGAACUGCUACCUGAUCUAGCGAUGCAGAUUCAGUGCAUUAAGCCGAGUACCACAGGUGCGGAAGACUCUUACAUUUGGCAUCAAACGACUACAGGAAGCUACUCCACCAAAUCUGGCUCAAACCUGCAGAAAAGAGGGAUGGUAGCAGUAGUCAACUGUAUUAGAUGCCAAGCAACACAAGCAACAGAAACCGAAGUUCAUUGUUUCUUUACCUGUCCAUUCGCAAAGGAAGUGUGGGAUCUAAUCCCUCUAACUACAGCAGUUCUCCUAGCUGCGGAACCAAACUUCAAGGACAUCGUGGUAUCAUUCAGGAAAGCGUCCUGCCUCCCACCAUCAGGCAUAACCCUCAAUAUUCUCCCCUGGAUCUUGUGGGCAAUUUGGACAUCGAGGAACACGCUUAUCUUCGAAGGUCGCUACCUUUCACCGAAGGAAACAGCCCUGAAAGGAAUCAGGUUAGCUAAAGAAUGGUCAGCAUCGCAAUCAAUAGUCAACGACAAGAACAACUUACCACGUAAACCAACCGAACGAUCACGAGAACGACCAAGGACAAUCACCGACAGUAACCGUGUCUCUUGCAUGACGGAUGCGGCUUGGAACAAGGACAGACUAACAUCAGGACUGGGCUGGCUCUUCUCAGGACCAGGCUUCGAACCACCUCUCAAAGGAUCGGUGGUGGAAUCAUCGAUCGGAUCGCCACUGGUCGCGGAAGCUUCAGCAAUCCGAUCAGCUCUCUGCAUGGCAAUCACCCUGGAGAUCUCCUCUCUCGAGGUUUUCUCCGACAAUCAAACGCUCGUACGAGCUAUCUCCGGCAUCACUCAGGCGAAGGAGAUCAUCGGCAUCGUGAAAGACAUCCGAUUGAUAUCUACUGAGUUUGCUUCAAUUUCCUUUUCGCACAUCUCUCGUUCCCUAAACGCGGUGGCUGACGCCAUAGCGAAAGAAACUCUUCGUCUCUCAAUUUCUUUGUAA